AUGUCCGGCUACCCCUACGGCGGCGCCGCAGGAGGAGGAGGAGGCUACGGGGCCCCUCCGCCCUACGGCUCCUCCCCCGCCCCCUCGGCCCCGCCCUACGGCGACAAGCCCCCCAAGGAAGGCAAGGCCUCCUCCCCCUACUACGCCUCCCCGCCCCAGACCUACGGCGCCAGCGGCGGCGGAGGCGGCUACGGGGCCCCGCCCUCGUCCCAGCCCCAGUCCUACGGGGGCGGUUACGGGGCCCCGCCCUCCUCCCAGCCCCAGUCCUACGGCGGCGGCGGCUACGGGGCCCCGCCCGCCGGCCAGCCCCAGUCCUACGGCGGCGGCGGAGGCUACGGUGCUCCGCCCGCGGGCCAGUCCUACGGCGCCCCGCCUCCCUCGUCGGCGCCCUACGGGGCCCCGCCCCCCGCGGCAGCGCCGUAUGGGGCCGCUGGCGGCUACGGGAGCCCGUUCGCCGCGCUCGUGCCGUCGGCGUUCCCGCCGGGGACGGACCCCAACGUGGUGGCCUGCUUCCAGGCCGCCGACCGCGACGGCAGCGGGACCAUCGACGACAAGGAGCUGCAGUCCGCGCUCUCCGGCUACAACCAGAGCUUCAGCCUCCGCACCGUCCACCUCCUCAUGUACCUCUUCACCAACACCAACGUCCGCAGGAUCGGGCCCAAGGAGUUUACUUCUGUUUUUUACAGUCUUCAGAAUUGGAGGUCCAUAUUCGAGAGGUUUGACCGUGACCGAAGUGGUAAAAUUGAUGCAUCGGAGCUGCGUGAUGCUCUUCUCAGUCUGGGUUAUUCAGUUUCUCCAACUGUGCUAGACUUGCUCGUGUCUAAAUUCGACAAGACUGGGGGCAUGAGCAAAGCAGUUGAAUAUGAUAACUUUAUUGAGUGUUGCCUUACAGUCAAGGGUCUGACUGAGAAGUUCAAGGAGAAGGACACAGCUUAUUCCGGGUCUGCAACUUUCAGUUACGAGGCAUUCAUGUUGACUGUGCUCCCUUUCAUCAUCGCAUGA